GAAGAAUGGUUGAGACAAGGACGUUAAAAUUAUCCUAAAAAAAAGCAUUGGUUAAUGCUGUUGUAUGAUGCAUAUAGUGCUCAAAUGCCUUCAGUUGCCCAUAAGAACAAAACAAAUAGCCCCAGUUUUGUGGACCCUGGUAGGCCUGCUGAUUCGUUGCCCAAUUGACCAUUCUUCAUGUGUGAUUGCAGAUUGGUCCUGUGUGUCACUCUGUGUUUUGCUGAGCUGAAGGAAUCUUGUCAUGGUAGAUGUCGGGAAGUGGCCGGUGUUUGCGCUGCUUCCACCACAAGAGCUCAGUUCAAUUCGGCAAGCGUGCAUCUUUGGCACAUCUGGUAAUGAGGCAGUGUAUGUUACAGAAAAUUAUGAGGUAUUUGGUCUUGGGACUAACUGCAGUGGUUGCUUAGGAACUGGGGAUAUUCAGAGCACUAUUGAACCCAGGAAAAUUGACAUUCUAUGUGGGAAGAAGAUCAUUCAUUUAAGUUAUGGAAGUGGACCUCAUAUCGUGCUUGCUACUGCAGACGGAGAAGUAUAUGCUUGGGGGAACAAUGGUUACAGUCAACUUGGCAAUGGAACAACCAAUCAAGGAUUGUCUCCUUGCCAGGUUUCUACCAAUCUGCUACACAAGAAGGUGACUGAGGUAGCGUGCGGAUCCCAUCAUUCCAUGGUGAUGACAUCUGAUGGCGAGGUUUAUGCCUGGGGUUAUAAUAAUUGUGGUCAAGUCGGAUCUGGGUCUACCGCUAACCAACCAACACCAAGAAGAGUAUCCAGUUGCUUGCAGAAUAAAGUGGCUGUUACCAUUGCCUGUGGCCAGACAUCUUCCAUGGCAGUGUUAGAUAAUGGAGAGGUAUAUGGCUGGGGUUACAAUGGCAAUGGGCAGCUUGGAUUGGGUAGCAAUGGAAAUCAACCAACCCCAUGUAGACUGGCAGCAUUACAUGGGAUACAUGUGUGUCAGAUUGUUUGUGGCUAUGCUCACACUCUUGCACUAACAGACGAGGGCAUGCUCUAUUCCUGGGGAGCUAAUGCUUAUGGUCAGCUGGGCAUUGGGAUUAAAAGCAACCAAUCCUGUCCAGUCCAGGUCAAGAUGGAAAGGGAAAGGGUUGUCGAGAUCGCAGCCUGUCAUUCCAGUCAUACCUCUGCUGCUAAGACCCAGAGUGGUCAGGUGUACAUGUGGGGCCAAUGCCGGGGUCAGUCAGUCACUGUCCCACAUCUCACUCACUUCACUUGCACUGAUGAUGUAUUUGCCUGCUUUGCUUCUCCUGCAGUUACGUGGCGUCUGCUGACUGUAGAGGGUGAAAAUCACUUGACAGUGGCUCAAGCACUGAAGAAGGAGUUUGACAGCACUCAAACCUCAGAUUUAAAGUUCAUCGUGGAAGGGAAAUGUAUAUACGUUCACAAAACUGUUCUCAAAAUAAGGUGUGAACAUUUCCGUUCGAUGUUAACUGAUGAAGAUGUUGUUGAAAUCGAUCAGUUUACCCACCCGGUGUACCGUGCUUUUCUGGAAUACUUGUACACAGACACAAUCAACCUGCAACCUGAAGAUGCAAUAGGCCUUCUGGAUUUGGCAACAUUUUACAGAGAGAACAACUUAAAACAUCUUUGUGAACAGACUAUUAAACAAGGCAUUUCAGUGGAAAAUGGCAUCAAUUUACUGUCUGCUGCAGUGAAAUAUGAAGCAACGGGUUUGGAAGAGUUUUGCUUUAAGUUCUGUGUCAAUCAUUUGACAGCAGUAACGCAAACACAAGCGUUUGCAAGCAUGGAUCAUGACUUGCUAAAGAUAUUUAUCAGCAAAGCAAGCAAACAUGGAGCAUUCAGAAACUGAAGCAGCACAUUACAAGCAGUGAAGGCAAUGGUUCACACUAGAAACUGAAAACACCAGGAGCAGCUCGAUGUCCAUGUAUAAAAGUAGUGGCUCCAAUGACAAAAGUAAGAUUGUGAUUUUCCAUUUACCUUUGCAGAAAACAAAAUACUUGCAGAGGUAGUCUUCUCAAAAUAUUUUGCACUUUAUUAUUAGAUAGUUCACAUACAGCCAUAAAUUCUGUUUUGUUUAGAGCUGAAGUAUGCAAUGUUGCUUUCUUUUAGCAAUAUUUUUGUUUGAAUUAGAGCUGCAUAAUUCAUGUGGUGUCUGUUUCAUAAAAUCCUAUUUGAUCCAUUGAUCCUAUGUUUGUGUGUCUGCACUUAAAAUGACAGGCUGUUGUACUAUGUUGUCAAGAAUCUCAGAAUAGAAGGGAAACACAGCCUCCACUAAUUUGUUUUUUUUAUGUACAGCAUCCAAAAAUACUCUGUAACAUUUCAGUGUUUUUACACAUAUUACAGCUUGAAGUUUUUUUAAAAAAAAACUCUAAUGUUGAGCUUAGGUUUGCAAACUGCUCACAUUCAAUUUUUAUACAAUGCAGCAACCUUGCUAUAUUGUUAAAAUAUUCAUUUGUUUAUAACAUGAAUGGAGUGUGUAGCACAUUAACUGCACAUGCCCACAACCAGCCAGCUCAAUUCCUGCUAUUUCAUGGAUCCCUGCCAUCAUUAUAAUGAAGCUUCACUAAAGUUUAAAAGUCAUUUGAGGUUAACACUAUCCUUCAUUCAUCCUUUUAUUAAAGGAUUUUUUCCAAGAAUGGACUAAAAUAUAAAGAGAGAAUACUUUUCUGUUGGGCAGUUCAUUUAUGGAGAUUACAUCCUUAAUCUUUAAAAUUAAAUAAUAAUUUUGUAAAAUAAUGUAAA